GGACACUUUCUGCCAACUGGGAGAAAAAUAAUUAUUUGAGGAUUUCUUUGAAGAUAUUCUGACCAAAGCAGCACAACACGGAGGAUUCUGCUGGAAAGGGCACAGCAUGCACACAGACGAGCCGCUGAGAGACGUCAGUCCCCGACAGGUGAAGGUGAUUCAUUUCUCUAGUGGAGAGACUCUGACUGAGGAAGACUGUGAGGAAGAGGAGGCACAACAUCAGCUUCAUCAAGCGCCCAGUGUUUCUGACCCGGGAACCUGGACAUGGAAGGAUUAUUCUCGGUUUUGGGGAACACAGAUUUUGAGAAAGUCCUUGCUAUUUUGUGAUUUUCUUGGAGAGAAAAUGGCUGGUUUGCUGGGUCUGAACGCUGCCAAAUAUCAGUAUGCUUUUGACCAGUAUCAAAGAGAACAUAAGAAUGAAACAGAAGGAGAAGUUUUGUCCGCGAGCACCGGUGUGAAUGAUGAGGAGAUAAUUAACCUGUCAAAAAUAGCAAGCAAACAGUAUGGAGCCACAAAUGUGCAGGACCUGACACAACAAACCCUGGAAGAAACGCUACGAUAUAAAGGGGAGCAGAACGAAGGAUACAACUCUAAUGAAUAAUGGAUCUAGAAGAUCUAAAAAAAAAAAAAAGUGAAUUGUGAUUUUUCUUUAUUUCCUUGUUUAAUGUAUGGCCAUCACACU